AUGGAUCCAAACGCUGGGUCUUUUGAGCUGGGACUAGAUCUUAUACUGAGGGAAGAGGGUGGAUUGAGUGAAGAGGGUGCAAAGAACUCGUUGUUGGGUAGAUUGCAAGGUAGAUUGCAACAGUUGGGUUUGGGAGGAGAGACGCGGACGGGGACGGAACAGCGUGGGUUGAGCUUGCAGUGGGGGCAGUCGGUGCAGGGAGCUCAGCUACAACAGACAUAUAGAGUCGGACAUCCCAACCAAAAUCAAAGCCUCUUCAAUACGCGUUCGACUGAAGCACAUAUUCUUCAAUCAUCAAGCGACGUGGGCGUACAGAGAAGCUCACCAGCCCCUGGCAGCUUGCAAUCACUGGGAGCCUUGCAUAUCAAUCAAGGACAACAACAAUUAUUAAAUUCCUCUCAGCUACCGUCAUCAAGUCCAGCACAGGCUACCUUUCAAGGCAACUAUAAUCAGAGCCAAACAUCCUACAAUUGGGCACAGCCAGCACAACCACUGGGAUACCUCCCUCCUUCUGCAUUUCUGGAGAGAAGCUUCAACGGCUUGCCACUUACCGUUGGAUCUCCGAUAGUAGGAGAAAGGCGUGAGCCAGUUGAGGAUAUACAAAAAGAAAUUCUCGAGCUUGAGGAACAGGUUGAACAAGAGUAUAAAGAAUUUUGCUAUCAUCGCUCGAUACGACACGGCAGAAAAGUUAACCUCGAUAAUCUCAAAGAGUACGUUGCUGUACUUGAACAGACUCUGUUUAACACAUGCCAACGUAGUCAACAACUCCAAAUCAAGCUCUUGUUCGGCGCAGAUAUCGGAGAUCAAUUCGAAAAGUUGGUUGCAAGACAAUUGACACACGUUUUACCAACAAUAGAACAGAGGUAUUUGAGGCGUAAUUGGAAGCCAAUACGCGGUGGAAAACGUCCUCUACCCCGAUUUCCACCUGGCGGUCCUAUAUAUUUGAACAGGGCACCGAAACUAUUCAAGAUUCAAAUCAAGAUUGUGGUCAAAGUCUACACGAUCCUCGAAAGUAGUUUGUGCGUCUGCAAAAUUACGGAACAGGAAUACGAACACAGCAUUGACGUAGCAUCAGUUCACGAACUACAAGAAUACCAAUUUGAAAAAGUUUGCACUGAAACCGAGUACUAUUCUAUUGGCCUUCCCAUCUAUAAUAGCUUUUUGCCUACUACCAGAGAAGGGGUGAAGAUUGCGGUUCGGAGCUUCGCUCGUGUUAUAGAGAGAUUAUCGUACUUUUUUUGUUUCGAUCCUCCAUUGAGUCCAGACGCUGUCCGUUUGGAGAACCCAGUAGCGAAGGAUAAGGAUCUGGGUAAGUGGAUGGUACUGAUUGUCUGGGCUCUGAAAGUGGACAUGCUGGAUCGAUCUUUAUACUGA